CAGAGGCUGCCCUCGGUGUGUGACGGGGUACCGUCUCCUGUUCAUACGUUUUAAUUUCUACCAUCUAAAAUCAUUAACCGUUUCACUCCAACAUGGCGGCCGCCCCCCGCCUUUUUCCCGCCGUCACGGUUGCGCUGUUGUUUUGUUUUCCCGCCGCGGUGCGCUCGCGCAGAGAUGUGCUCGAGCUCGGCGACGCGGACUUCGACUACCUGGCAACGGGGCACGAGACCAUGCUGGUGAAAUUCUACGCUCCAUGGAGCGUGUUGCUGUUCCGUCCUCCCAGACUGGAUAAUAAGUUUGAGGACAGUGUGGUCGUCUUCAGAGACUACCUGACCAUCGGAUCUCUGAGACGCUUCAUUAGAGACAACAUAUAUGGACUGUGUCCUCACAUGACUGCAGAGAACAGAGACCGUCUGAGAGUCCGAGAUCUGCUGACGGCGUACUAUGACCUGGACUACCACCACAACGUCCGUGGGUCCAACUACUGGAGGAACAGGGUGUUGAGAGUGGCGUCAAAAUAUUCUGGGAGGGGCCUGACAUUCUCAGUAGCCAAUAAGAAGGACUUCCUGUCUGAGCUGGAGGACGACUUCGGUCUGGGGACGUCGGACGGAGGAGAGCUGCCAUUUGUCACUAUCCGGACCAAACUGGGCCACAAGUACACCAUGAGGGAGGAGUUCACGAGGGAUGGGCGGUCCUUGGAGAGGUUCCUGGACGAGUUCUUCGCAGGUCAUCUGAAACGUUUUGUGAAGUCUGAGCCCAUCCCUGAGAGGAACACUGCUGCUGUCAAGGUGGUCGUUGCCGAGUCUUUCGAUGAGGUUGUCAAUGAUCCAAAUAAGGACGUCCUGAUUCAGUUCUUCUCUCCGUCCUGUCCUCACUGUAAGAAACUGGAGCCGGUCUACAGAGACCUCGCUGACACACUGUCUUCUGAUCCAAACAUUGUCAUUGCCAAGAUGAACGCUGCAGAUAACGAUGUUCCACUGGGAUACGACAUCCAGGGGUAUCCCACCAUUUACUUUGCUCCCGUGGGCCGGAAGGACGAGCCAAUCAGAUACGAGGGGGGUCGAGAGCUCAAAGACUUCCUGAAGUUCCUGAAGAGCAAGGCGAGUCAUAGUGUGGUGUCCACUGGGUCCAGGGAUGAACUCUGACAUGUCCAUCCAGGCCGAUCAGGUCCAACGGAAGCAGCUGGUCUCCAUGACAACGGACAUUAAAUCUCAUCUCCAUUGCUACUCAGUCCAAGCUGGUACGUUCUGGUACCACCGGAAGGAGGUGGAGCUACAUCACUGCAGACCACUGAUUGGUUGGAGAGAGUUGUCACUUUGGUGACAUGAGACAUCCUGCACGAGCCCACCAUUUUGUUUUUGUUUAUUUAGUUUUUUAUUUAUUUUCAUCAUUUAACAAACAUUACGCCGCAAAUUUGGGAUUUCCCCAUAAUGUUGGAUUUUAGCACAUUAGCUAACAUUAGCUUCAAUUGCAAAACAAAUACGGGAGUUUCCCAUAAUGUAAGCUUUUUAGCCAAGCUAACGUUAGCAUCAGUAGCAAAACAAAUAUUGGAUUACCCCAUAAUGUUAGCUUUUCAGUGCUUGAGCUAACGUUAGCUUCAAUGGCAAAACAAAUAUUGAAUUUCCCUGGAAUGUUAGCUUUUUAACGCAUUAGCUAACAUUAGCUUCAGUGGCAAAACAUAUUGGACAUACUCUACGAUGACCUAAGAGAAACAUUCUUUGACAAAGUAUCAACACAUGUAGGUCUGUCCCAGGAUAAACAAAUAAUUAAAUGGUUAUUUGAUAAUCAUAUAUUUGCAAUAUCCAAUUAUAUCCAUAAAGUGUGGAACAGAAGAAAGCAACAACUUAUGCAUACAGAUAGAUCCUGGCUCUAAAGAUUGUCCUUUUUAUUUUGUUUCAUUUAUUUUUGUAAAUAAAAUUUUAUGUCGUCUUUACUGUUCUAUGUUGGCAUGAAGGCACUGGAAAAUGUUUUGUUUAAAAUGUGUCUGAAUAAUCCCAUGAGGGAUGCGCUGUCUUGGGCAGCCAGACACGUAAAUAAAAUUUCAUUCUUCUUUUAUUGGAUUUCCCAGUAAUGUUAGCCUUUAGCGCAUUAGCUAACAUUAGCUUCAAUGGCAAAACAUAAUGGAUUUCCCAGUAAUUGUUAGCCUUUAGCGCAUUAGCUAACAUUAGCUUCAAUUGCAAAACAAAUAUUGGAUUUCCCAGUAAUGUUAACUUUUAGCGCAUUAGCUAACAUUAGCUUCAAUAGCAAAACAAAGGAGGAGACAAGCUUUUAUUUUGUCUUUUUCAAAUGGAACUUCCUAUCACUGUGCCCAGUGUUCUUUAUAUUCCUAUUUAUUUUAUAUAAAAAAGAAAAUACUUUAUUGAUUUCA